AUGAGGGACUCCUUUAUUUUAUUGACUAAAGUCUUAGUAACUAUUGUUUUCAUGCUGUACAACACUUCAGCAGAGAGCGCAAGCAACACCUUUACAGAGAAAGGUAUCUCUUUGCUUGGUUACCAUUUAUGCAAUUAUUCUGUGAUAAAAAAUGUGAGCAAAACAGUUCCGUAUCAAAAAUCAUAUGAAAAACAAACACCAUGUGGAUGGAUUCCUUGGAGAUUAUGCACCACAACCUAUUACAAAGAAGAGUACCAUCCUAUUAUGGUCCAAGAAGCGGUGAAUGUGACAGAUUGUUGUGCUGGGUAUGAACAAGUGGGUCUAUAUUGUUCUUUACCCAUAAACAGAUCCAACGAGUUUGCUUCAAGACCUGGUGCCUGUCCCAUGAAGAUAGGGGAAGCAUUAAAGAGUUCGUGUGUGUCUGACAUUGAUUGUCCAGAAUAUAAAAAAUGCUGUAAGACAUCCACGGGAAUCUAUUGUUCAGAUCCUGUUCCAGAAGAACGAACAGUGACAAAAUACUGGUAUAAUGUGUCAGUCCUUGUGAAAACGGAUUUCAGUGAAUUAUACAAAGUGGAUCCAAGACUUCUGAAUCAUUCACGUCUUUUGCACUCUAUGAUUACUGGAGCAUUGUGGCCAAUGGACAUCUCUGUGUAUCAUAUCCAGACAACCAAGUCAGAAACUUAUGCAGAGACAUUAGUGUCUCAUGUCCUGGUUGGACUGCAGCAACUGGUUCCAUUGGUCAAUAUUUCUUCUUUGCUGAAGAAAAUUGUGAUCAGAGUAUAUGAAGUUAUUGACGUUGUUGUACAAGAUUGUGAUCAUGAUAUACCCAACAUUCUGAUUAAAAAUAUGAAUUCUUCUAAUUUGCUGAGAAAUUCAAGAUCUGCAUCACCUGAAAUCCAUGUAUCAGUAGAUUCUGAAUGUGAAUCUCCUUCUAUUAGAAACCACAAGAUCUUCAGUGUAACUAGCAGCAGUUUUAAAGCAUCCUGGAGUAUAAAUUCUUUGCAGAAUCAUUCAUUCCGAGCAGAAGUGUACAAAAGCAAUGAACUUGUUGAAAGAAUGGAAACCACAGAUAUGAACCUAACUAUGUUAAACCUAGAAGCAGGUGUAAUGUAUACAAUGAACAUCAGUUAUGAAGCUUGUGGUAAAAAUAUUACUUCCAGUAGAAUUGUGAAAACAGAUGCCUUGAUAUUUGGUCUAACUCUAAGGAUCUUGAACUAUAACUUCACUAACCAGUUUCUCAAUGUGAGCAGCAGAGAAUACCAGAAUUUUUCUAGAACUUUGAUGGGCAAGAUUAGGAAUUCAUAUCCUUCAAAUAUGAAUGCAUUACACCUAUCCGGGAAGCUGAAAGUACAAGUGGAUUCCAUUAAAGCUGGAAGUAUUAUUGUGAAGCUUAAAAUAAUAAUACAAGAUCUAAAUUUUUCAAAAGACUUGUCUGCAUUUGACCCAAUGAUUGCAUCACUUCACAACAGUUCUAUGCUUGGAAUUGACCCAAAGAUCUCUGCGGUGGAAGAUUGGGAUGAGUGUGCAUAUAGAGCAGAAAAUGAUUGCAGUAUGUCUGCAGAGUGUAUAAAUACGGUGGGUUCAUAUAGAUGCAGGUGCAAGACAGCUACAGACGCCAAUCCAGCCCGACCAGGCAGAAACUGUGAAGGUGAAAUUGUGGAUCCUGUUACUACACAGGGAUUAAAUGUAGCUGAUUAUACAACUACCGCAGCUUUCUCAAUGGCGGGAAUACAGGAAGUGUCAUCUUUCAAGAAGUAUACUGAAGCAGCAGUGCUGCCCUCUAGUGGCAUUCAGGAGUCAAGCACCCUUCCAGCAGAGAAGACAUUGUCGACAUCUCAGAAGAUGAACAUAUUAGGGAAUUUCAGGAAGGAGAGCAUCUUAAACAGCUCAGAAACAGUUACUUUGGCUCCAAAAUGGUCAGGUAACGUAACAAACUCAAAUGGAACUGUAGCUGAAGAGAAAUGGACUACCCAAGAUCCGCAAAGCUCUUCAAUGACCUCAUGGAAGAGAAAUGAAUCUACGGUAGAGACUAGCACACCUGGCUCCUCAACUGAAAGAAGUUAUGAGAAUGUUAUAGCCCUGAAUGUAACUGAAAACCCCAAAUUUCAUUCUUUGAACCAUACCCUUGAUAGGCACAUGGGGGAAAAUAACAGUUCUUGGUCUAAUGAAAGAAACAGUACAGCAUCACCAUCUUCUUUCAAGGAGAAUAUGACAGUCUCCCUUGCUACAGAUUUGAGUGCACCAUUUCCAGCUGAAAGAAUAUUUUUUUCCAAUGUGACUAAUACUAGCUUUCAGAUUUCCUGGAUUACACAUUUUCCAGCAAAUACUACUUUCCAUUUUCUGCUCUUUGAGGAGGAACAGCUGAUAAAGGAGACUAAAACCCAAAGCAGUCAUCUGAAUAUUUCUGACCUAAAACCAGGAACUUUGUACACUGUUAAAAUAAAGCCAGACCUUUAUGGAAAUGAAAGUGAAACCAUGCGGCGUAAAGUAAAGACAGCUGCCCAGAAGUUUAAUGGGGUGGUUAGGAUAAUGAAUCUGAACUACAGCUCAGAGUUCAGCAACUCAAGAAGUGAAAAGCACCAAAAUUUUUCAAAGAUGUUUCUUAAUGAAGUCCGAACAUAUUUGCCUCCUAAUAUUCUUCAAAAAAUGGAUGCUGGUAUGAUUAACAUUUCAAUAGUAAGUAUUAUCCCAGGAAGCAUUGUGGUCAACUUCAGCCUCCUGAUUCCAAUAGACAUGGACGCAAGGAAUGUUGCUGGGUAUCUUCUUGAAGCUUUUCGAAACAGCAGCCUUUUCGAGGUCGAUAAUAGCAGUCUUUCCAUAUACGUAUUUUCUUCAAGCAUUAGUUCUGGAGAUGAACAGUCAAAGGAAUCGAGCAGCACAGCUUUACCCUUGACCUAUCUGUAUACUUCAGACCCCAUGCCUUCAUCUGCCAAAGACAAUUUUUCUAUUAGUAGCGGCAGAAGCUUGGAGAAUGCAACUGUCAACACUACAAAUAAUAAGAAAAAUAUAAGUCAAACAACAAACAUUAACUAUUUACCUCAGAACUUGCCCUCGAUUAACAGUUCUGCUGCUGGUUCAGUUAAGGAGGCAGUUCGAGUACUGUGUGAGUUUGAAAAAAUUGUCAUCUCUAUUAAGAAGGACUUUCUGUACAAGCAAUCUAUCCCAGAAACUUCCUUGUACCUAGGGCAUCCUCGCUGCAACGUAUCCUCCAGUAAUUCUAGCCAUGUUGUUCUUCAGACAGACUGGAAUGAAUGCGAAACUGAAAUACAAACUAAUAUCACACACACCGUUGCAAGAACUGUUCUUCGCGAUGAUUAUUCUUCCCAUGGGAUUAUCCACCACAUACUGAUUUCAAGUCAAAUUCACUGUAUCUUUCAGAAUGAUCUCUUAAUUUCAUCUGGACAUACUUCAGAAGGAGUUUAUACCAUUUUUGAAGAUUUACAUGGAUCUGGACACUUCUUAACAGAAAUGCGAUUGCUUAUUGGCAAUUCUCCAAUUCCACCCAAUUUCAGCAUCUCUGGAAGUGAUAAUGUAAUCAUUGAGGUGGGAGUUCAAACAAGAAGCAAGAAACUCAAGGUGGUUGCUAGCCAAUGUUGGGCAACCCCAACUAAUAACUCAAUGGAUCCUCAUUCACUUCAUUUUAUACACGGCGGUUGUCCAGUUCCAAAUAGAAACACCAGCAUGAUUGUAAAUGGGGUAGCCAACCGAGCCCGAUUUAAACUGAACAUCUUUUCAUUUUUCAAUGGUUCAAUGGUUUACUUACAUUGCAAAAUCCAAAUUUGUAUUGCAACUCCUAAAAGCACUUGCAGAGCGAAUUGCCAGGGUUUCCGUUUUUGGAAAUCAGGUGAAAUUAUUGCCACGCCAAAAACAACUUGGGGUCCUCUUCGCAAAUUCACUGGAUUAAAGGAAGAGAAAAAAACUGGUAUGGGCGCAGGCUAUAUCACUCUCAUUGUUAUUGCCGUACUUGUUCUUGCACUGGGAAUAGCAGGACUUUUGGUCUGCCGACACAAACGCAAAGCUGGGAUGUAUGACGUCAAAAGGAGGACUGAGUUUUUUAACUACCAAGCCUUCCAUGAUUGA